CACAUCCACUGCACAGGAAAUCAAGAGGUUUCCGGCUUCUUUCCAGCUGCUAUGUUAGCACCAGAAUGAUUAAAAUGGCUGCAGAACACACACCAUGCUACUAUGAAUUAUCAAAACUCCAAUGUUAUCUCUCCCUCAUUGUCAUCUCGGGUGCUUUCCUGGUCAGUGACACAGUGACAGUGACACAGGAACCAAUGUUUUCCAGCAUCUUGCAAGAGGGGGACCUGAUAGUCAACUGUUCCCACUCUGAGAACUCAAAUUACAACUUCUUCUGGUAUCGCCAGGUGCCUGGGAAGGUAAAGCUACAAGCGUUGGGAACGCUUUUUUCCCACUCUGACCAGCUGGAGGAGGAGACAGGUGCAUCCCUAAACAUGCGUCUGAGAGGAGAAUGGAUGCACAAGGGACAGAGAAUGAGACUGCAUUUCAAAGGUCUCCAGCAGAACGAUGUAGGGCUGUAUCUCUGUGCUGUGAGGGAUCAGCUGGGGGCAGCCACCGUGGUACAGAUGGCGCGGGCGCCUUUGCAUCAACCCCGCGGCUCCCUUUCCGCUCCCUGCUCGUGGAAGGAAGGAGACCGACCUCGGCGAGGCCGGUUCUCUGAACUGCUCCGCGAAGCAGCCGAUCUCCUCCGUCCUGGGCACCCCGAACGGGCCCGAUCCUGGCGUGGGCACGACAGAGAGCCUUCGCGUAUGAGAUGGAAAGAGGCAAGAGAGGCAAGAGGGGGAAGGAAAGGGUCCAUCCGGCCGCCAAGAGGCUAGUCCUUGGC